GUUACCACCCAUCCCACAACCACCCACCUCACACCACCCACCCCUCCACCACUCCCACUCACUACCUACUUAUUUUUUAAAGUUCCUGUUUUGUUCUUUACCUGAGUUUUAUUAAUAUAUAUAAACUAAUUUCUAAUUAAGAGUUAAGGGUAUUUCAGUAAACUUGUAAGUAAGUGUAAUAAUCUGAGAAUAGGAUUAACUGGUGGAUAUAGUUAAUAGAGACAGCCAUAUAAGUCCUGUUUGAUUCUCAUAGGUUUUGAUAGUGAUCCUUUUUAGAUGUAAUAAACUAGAUGAUUUAUUGGUUGAUAUAGUUAAUAGAGACCUGUCCUAUAAAAAUUUGCAAUGUUUUUAUGCCAACCUUUUGUUUCUUUGUAGCAACAACAACAACAACAACAACAUACCCAGUGAAAUCCCACAGUGUGUAGCAGUUUUGGUUUUAAUAAUUGGUAACAGUAUUACUUGGUGGGUAAUCUAAUAAAGGGAAAAACUUAGUGCCUAUUAUGAACAAUUUUUGAGCAAUUGAUUCAUUUAUAAUCUAUGUUUGGACUGUUAGCAAUGAAUAAUAUGCAUGUGCUGCAGAUGCUAUUAGGGUUGUUUGGUUGCUGGUUAGAGUUAUGCAGGGAUUAGUUAUCCAUGUAUUAGUUAUUCCACCUUCUACCCUGCAUAAAAGAAUACAUAGAUUCCUUCGUAACUUAUACAUGUAUUAGUUGUGCGGGAUUGUAAACUGGUAACCAAACACCGUACUUGUUGUGCUGAAUUUUAUACAUAGCAACUAAAAUGCUACCAAACAUGGUACUAGUUUAAUACAUGAAUAAUUCACUUCCUGACCAGCAACCAAACGACCCCUAUGGUUUUACAUUUCAGCAAUAUGUGACCUGUUGUUGUGGUUAUUGCAGCAGCAAGAAACAAGUCUGUUGUGGAUCCAUUAAAACUUGGAGGGCUGUUGUUGCUGAGGUGAUUGGGGCUUACAUUAGCUUUUUCAUUGAACGAAGCAUUUCAAGUUCAUCCAACCAUCGAACAUGGUUGGCAGCCCUUUAAGUCGGAAAUGUAAAAUGAAAAGCUCCAUAUGUAGUGAAGUUAAAGAAAACCAGUUAGAAGGAACACUUCCUACUUCGGUGUUAUCUGUUGGGAGAUCUAGCAAGAAGGACGCCCAAAUUCUAAAGAAGAAUUCAUCACAUGCUUUAAGCACAAAAGCUUUGUGUGGAACAGAAACCGAAAGCACACGCGAGUUGAGUAGCGCUGAGACAAAGAAUAGAAGUUCAUUUUCCUCUCCUACAAUUAGUUCUUCCAAAAAAACUUAUACAGAAAAGCAAAAAGUCCAAGUCCAGCAAAUCAAGCCAAGGUUAAAAAAAGAUUUGGAAUCAGAAACAGCUAAGACAAGCCAAGUGAAAGAUAUGCCUGCUCCUAGAAGACCACCCUUGCCUGUACCUAAGAAAAUCAAGAAGAUUUCAGCUCCGCCUCAGGUCCUAAAGGAAAUAACGCCCAUCAAGACUUCUAUCCAUCAAUCACCAGAAACAGCUAGACAUACAAAGACACAGAGCAAAGCUCCCGUCCUUCAAUCCAAAUCUCAAAAGGCUCCAACUUCACAGCUUCCACAGAAAAGGAUCCUCAACCAGAGUUCUGUAAGGCAAUCUGAGCCAUCUAAACAAUAUGUUAGAAGGUCUGGGACCCAGAAAACAUCGGUUCCUCCCCAGGCUUUGGCGGGAAAGACAAGGAUUCCGGCCUCCAUCGGGAAGUCUAAAACAUCCACAAGUACCAAGGAGCCUUCAAGAAUUAGAGAGACAUACUUAGGACAUGAAGAGCCCAAGCCCGUUCAUCAUAUUGUGUGGGAAGGUCCAGAAGAAACAUUUCAUUCCUCUGGAAUCAUUUGUCCGCUAUGCGAAAAUGAUAUCUCUGACAUGCCUGAUGAAUAUGAAGAUGAAUAUUAUGACGAUAUUGAGCCUUCAGUUUUCCCGAGUGUUGCUAUUUUGCCAUGUGGACAUUCUUUCCACGCCGAAUGCUUGGAACGCAUUACCCCUGAAGAGAACUCUAGUGAUCCUCCAUGCUUUUUUUGUCUCAGUUGCAUGUCUUGAGCCUCAAUCAAUUUGUUGAGGGUAUUCUUGAAUCAGCUUGAAGUAAUUUUGCCAAGUGUACAGAUCCCUUAUAGUUUAAAAUCAGCUGCUCAUUUUGUUCUCAUUUUUUGUCAAUAUAUAAAUAGAAACAUUCUACAGGCUAAAUUUUCAACAUUAUUUGUGAGAUUUUAUAUGCUUAUUGAAAAGUUUUCAGUGCU